GGCAAUAGCGCCCUCUUUUGUUGCUUUUCUGUAUGUUACGUCAUCAGCGACAGCAGCAACCUCUUGCUCUGAAAUUGCGUGUUGUUUUUUGUCAUGUUUAAGGCUUAAGCCUAUGUCUUUAUCAUUUAUGUACUCAGAAUCGCAGAUGGAAAGGGGUUUUUUUUGCUGUCUACUGUUGCUUUCUUUACAGAUAGACUGCCCAGCUAGUUGGCUUCAUGCCCAACUAGCACAGACAUCAAUCCAGGUUCAUGAUCCAUGAAACACAUGAAGAAGAGCCUCUCCUAAGCAAGUCCACAGUGACCGCCACCGUCGCCACGAUGGAAACAGUUCAAGUGAAGAGUCCCUUAAGAGUCCGCGUCCCCGUGGUCCUGUUGACCACCUUGUUUGGUGUCGGGUCCUGGAUCGCCAUCAACGGCCUUUGGGUGGAGCUCCCACUCCUAGUCUCCCUCAACAUCCCCGAGAACUACAACCUAGCCUCGUACCUGACGGUGAUCAUCCAGCUUGCCAACGUUGGACCCUUGGCUUUCUCCCUGACCCACUAUUUCCUGAUGAAGGACAAGCGGAUUGAGAUCCCUACCGUCUUCAUCAUCGUCACACUGGGUUGCAUCUCCUCCCUGCUGCUCAUCUUCUUCUGGGAUCGUUACACAGUGUGGCAGGUUGAUGGCAAACUUCACAGCACCGCUCUGCUGGUCCUGGCUUUCUUCCUGUCCAUCGUUGACUGCACCUCCUCGGUGGCCUUCACGCCCUUCAUGUCCCUGCUCAAGAGCUCCUACCUGACCUGGUACUUCAUCGGGGAAGGCCUGAGCUCCCUGCUCCCCAGCGUGAUGGCGCUUAUCCAAGGAGUCGGCAGUGUGGAGUGUGUGGCCAACGGUACCUACAUCAACCGGACCACGGUCGGUAACGAGACCAUCCUGCAGAAUUGCACCAACUGGAUCAGCAGAGACUCGCCCGCUCGUUUCCCUCCCCAGGAUUUCUUUGGCUUCCUCUUUGCAAUGAUGCUCACAUGUGGCAUCGCCUUCACCUCCCUCAAUUACCUUCCACUGGCCAAGCAGGAACACAUCUACACUCGUCCUGCGUCAGCAUCAACUUCCACAACAGGUUCAUCCACCUCCUCAGAGAGUCACACACUCGUCACCCACCGAACUGACAAACUGCCCCCUACCAACCCUGGGGAUGAAGAUCUAAGUGUAGACGUACUCCCAGUGCCCCAGGAGAAUCCGGAAAACACAGAGGAUGGCACUGGCAGCAAAGCUCCCACAGACUACAGAGUCCUGAGCAAAAGACAGCGGGUCUACCUCUUUGCAGUGCUGUGUUUUGUCUGUUCUCUCAGUAACGGUGCCCUGCCGUCCAUUCAGUCUUUCUCCUGCGGCCCUUACGGUCUCAACACCUACCUGCUCGCCUCUACGCUAGCAAACAUUGCCAACCCGAUGGCUGCUACUUUAGUCAUGCUGGUGCCGUCCACGAAUCUGGCCUUGGUUGGGGCGACGACGCUGUGCGGUACGGCGGUCGGUGCGUAUUGCAUGCUGACGGCAGUUCUCAGCCCUACACCACCCCUACAGCAUGAACCCAUAGGCAGUGCAUUAAUCAUCCUAGCCUGGAUAACGAUGAUGGGUUUCUUCAUCUACACCAGAGCCACCAUUGCCUGGAUCCUGCGGACCCAACCGGGGAACCGUAGCCUGCUGAUCUGGUAUGGCGGCGUCACCCAGAUCGGCUCACUGAUUGGAUCCUUUGUCAUGUGGCCCCUGGUCAACGUGGUAAACAAGUUCCAGCCGUACUAUGAAGACGUGUGCGAGGGUUUCCCAAGGUGUCAGGUGGUUGAAUCCAACGUCUUGUACUCUGCGCUGUAAUCGUCUUGAAAUGGCACUCCAAGGAAAAAGAGUUUUGUAGGAUAUUUUUGGUUUGUUCAAUUCCUCAUUCAAAGAAAUAAGUUAGUGCUUGCAAAAAAAGCA